AUGGGAAGCACAACCCAGGUCUGCCAAUUCAGAGGCCGCCCCAGGCUGACCCCAUGUGCUGAGGCCCAGCCUCCAGGUUCCCACCAUCAGGUGCCAUCCCCAAACCUGGCUCCAGGGUGGGGCCCCAACGAUAAUAUCCUGACAGCACCUGUAGUCCACACGGGGCUCGGGAGCCUGAAAGGUGAGUAUGUGAGUGUGAAAGGGAAGGAGACUGGCGUCCAUGCCUACCUGGGUGUCCCAUUUGCCAAACCACCCCUCGGCCCUUCCUUGAGACUGGCUCCACCUCAGCCUGCAGAAGAAUGGGAAGGAGUAAGAGAUGCCACUAAACAGCCACCAAUGUGCAUUCAAUCUAAAGAAGCUGUUUUGGAUAUGCUUAAUAAACUCGGUGCACUGCUGGAAGAAAUACCAGACAUCUCUGAAGACUGUCUUUACCUCAACAUAUACACUCCUGCAAACAGAGCUAAUAAUGCCAAGCUCCCAGUCAUGGUCUGGAUUCAUGGUGGGGGUUUUACGCUGGGAUCAGCUUCAACAUAUGAUGGCUCUCCCCUGGCUGCUUACCAGGAUGUAGUUGUGGUUCUGAUCCAGUAUCGCUUGGGACUUCUGGGUUUUCUCAGCACUGGAGAUGAGCACAUUUCAGGGAACUUUGGCCUGCUGGACCAGGUUGAAGCUCUCAAGUGGAUCCAGCAGCACAUUCACAACUUUGGAGGAGACCCAGGAUUAGUUACCAUAUUUGGAGAGUCUGCUGGUGGAGUGAGCGUGUCUCUUCUGCUCCUGUCACCACUGUCUGAUGGGCUGUUUCACCGUGCUAUUGCUGAGAGUGGCACAGCUGCAAUGAAUGUACUUGUUGCAAAUAAUCCUCUUCCAAUUGCCAAGGCAGUUGCAAAUGCAUCUGGCUGCAGUCUUGAAAGCACAAAGAAGAUCAGUGACUGCAUGAGAAACCUUGAUAUUGAUACUAUAGUGGGUUUUACACAGGAUCCAACAUUAAGAUUUCAAGUAAAUGUUGAUGGACAUUUCCUGACUAAACCUGUGGAUGAGCUGUUUCGUAAACAUGAACUCCAUGCUGUUCCAUUCAUGACUGGUGUCAAUAAUGAUGAAGGUGGAUGGAUGCUUGCAUCAUUUUUUGCUCCCCAAAACUGGACAGAAGGACUAGAUCGGGAAUUUGUUUUGAACAUGGUUUCCCUCUUCUACCCCGACCCUAAAGCAGCAUUUAUCAGAGAUGUGAUAGCUGAUGGAUAUAUCGGAAAUGGUGACGACCGUGUGAAAAACAGAGAUGGGUACACUGAGAUGCUUGGAGAUUUGUUUUUCACCAUUCCAGCGAUCAAAGCUGCUAAUGCUCACAGAGAUGCAGGUGCUCCUGUAUACCUGUAUGAGUACCAACAUCCUCCCAAAUUCCUGCAGCAGAAAAGACUGAGCUUUGUUGGGACUGACCACGGAGAUGAAAUUUUUAUAGUUUUGGGAUUUUGCUUCACAACUACCCAUAUUAGGUUACCCGAUCUGUGCCCUGAGGAUGAAGAACAGUUGAGCAAGGUCAUGAUGAGCUACUGGGGGAACUUUGCUCGCACAGGAUCUCCUAAUGGGCACAACCUUGUCCACUGGCCAAAGUAUGGAGCAGAAGAAAAGUACCUGGCGAUUGGUUUAAAAAAGCAGGUAACUGCUCAGCACCUGAAGAAGGAGCGCUUUGUCUUCCUGACUCAGACCGUCCCAGAGAAGAUCAAACAGCAUGAGGAAAAUGCAGAACGCAGCGAGCUGUAGAAAACUCACAUCUGGUCUCUGCUCCAUCAAUUUUAAAGUAAUUACACUAAACCAUAAUUCCCUUAUAUAAAGGUCUUGUGAAGAUUAUCC